CCACGUUGUGCUUGGAGAGGGUGAAGAGAGAAAAGAAUGCUAGUGCGCAUGCGUGGUAACUAAGUCUAACAGUUCUUUGGCAAGACAAACAUGAGACCAAUUUGUUUAUGGGACCUCCAGCAUCAAGACAGUGUUUUUGAUGUAUGUCUAAAGCCUGAUAAUAGCCAACUGGUUGCGGCAGUUGGCCAGAAAGUACUUGUCUACAAUACUGCAGAUGGCAAUCUCAUACAACCCUUGAAAGGUCAUAAAGAUAAAGUAUACUGUGUAGAUUACGCCAAAGAUGGUCAGCGUUUUGCAUCAGGAUCUGCAGACAAAUGUGUUAUCAUUUGGACAAGUAAGCUGGAUGGUAUCCUGAAAUUUAAUCACAGUGAUGCCAUCCAGUGUUUAGCAUACAAUCCCAUCACCCACCGUUUGUUAAGUUGUGCUGUUACGGAUUUUGGCCUUUGGGGACCAGAGGAAAAAAGGGUUGACAAGACAAAAAUCAACAGCCGCAUAACUUGCGCUUCUUGGACCAAUGAUGGUCUUUUCAUGGCUUUGGGGUUAUUCAAUGGCGUUGUCAGUAUUCGGUCAAAGACAGGUGAACAGAAAGUUCGUAUUGAACGACCUGAUGCCCACAAUAACCCAAUUUGGGGGAUUGCCUGGAACCCCAGCCAUUCCUUCACCAUGUAUGGCAAAGAAGAGGUGUAUGAUGUGUUGGUUGUCGCUGACUGGGGCCAGAAGCUUUCAUUCUAUCAACUUUCUGGAAAACAGAUUGGUCGAGACAUUAAACUUGGAUAUGAUCCCUGUUUCAUCAAGUGGUUCCACAAUGGGGAAUAUAUCAUAUGCGGUGGUUCAGACAAACAAUGCAGUCUCUACAGCAAAGUUGGGCUGAAAUUAGACGCAAUUGGAAAUGAAGAGACCUCAUGGUUAACAUGUUGUGCUGUCCAAGUGAACUCAGAAAACAUAGUUACUGGAAGCGAAGAAGGAAACAUACGGUUCUACCAAGUUUCAAUGUCCACAAUUCAUGGCUUAUACAAGGAUCGAUACGCAUACAGAGAAAACAUGACGGAUGUUAUUAUUCAAAAUCUUAUAACAAAUGAAAGAGUGAGAAUUAAAUGCCGUGAUGCAGUGAAAAAAAUUGCCGUUUAUCACCAGAGACUAGCUGUCCAGCUUCCUGAUAAAAUUGUCAUCUAUGAAUUGUACAGCAACGAACCUAAUGAUAUGAGAUACAAAGUAAAAGAGAAAAUUAGAAAGAAAAUUGAUUGCAGCCUGAUAGUGGUCACAUCACAGAACAUUAUCCUUUGUCUCGACAAACGUUUGCAGUGUUUAACAUUGCAAGGGGUCAAAGUACGCGAAUGGGAUUUGGAAAGUCAGAUGCGAUAUAUCAAGGUGAUUGGUGGUGCCAUUGGUCAAGAAGGCUUGCUGGUUGGAUUAAGAGCUGGUCAGAUUAUGAAGAUAUUUGUGAAUAACCCGUUUCCAAUAUUGCUGUUGAAGUUAUCUGUCGGAAUCCGUUGCGUUGAUCUGAGUGCCAGUCGGACCAAAUUGGCAGCAAUUGAUGAACAGAACACAUGUUUGGUGUAUGAUCUGAAUAACAAAGAACUCUUAUUCCAGGAACCAGCUGCAAAUAGUGUUGCCUGGAACACAGAAUAUGAAGAUAUGUUAUGUUUCUCUGGGAAUGGCUAUCUAAAUAUCAAAGCCAGCAACUUCCCUGUUCACCAACAGAAGUUAAACGGAUUCGUAGUUGGUUUUUCUGGUUCGAGAAUCUUCACUCUUAAAAUGAAUGCCAUAACUACAAUAGAUGUUCCGCUCUCAGCGCCGAUGUACCAGUAUGUGGAAAAGAAGCUGUAUUUAGAAGCCUGCAACAUUGCCUGCCUUGGUGUAACUGAUACAGAUUGGGACGUCCUUGGACAACAGUCACUGGAGGCUCUAGAUUUGGACACGGCCAAGAAAGCAUUCAUACACUCCCAGAAUUAUCCAUAUUUGGAAUUAAUACAGAAUAUUGAGGACCGAAGGAAAUGCGGAGAAACCGAUAAUCUUGUGUUCCUUGCUGAUAUUUAUGCUCACAAAGGGAAAUUCCAAGAAGCAGCCAAACUCUACAAGAAAGCUGGCCAAGAACACAGAGCAAUGUCUAUGUUUUCGGAUCUCCGAAUGUUUGAUUAUGCAAAGGAAUAUAUUGGCUCAGGUGCCGCUGCGGAUGAACGUCAGCUAAUCAGCAAACAGGCAGACUGGGCCAAGAGCAGCAACGAACCCAAAGUUGCAGCUGAAAUGUACAUGGCAGCUUCAGAAUAUACCAAAGCGGUUCAAAUUAUGGGAGAGCAUGGUUGGUCGGAUAUGCUCAUUCGUUUGGCACGUAAACUUGACAAAACAGAUCAAGAGAUUUUGAAUCUCUGCGGAAGUUACCUGAUGAAAAUGGAGAAGUAUUCCCUGGCUGCCGAAGUGUAUCACAAAAUUGGAGAUAUAAAGUCGAUAAUUAAUCUCUGGGUGAAAGCAAGACAAUGGGAUGAUGCGUUUGCCCUUGCGGAACAGCAUCCAAAGUACAAACAAGAUGUCUAUAUCCCUCAUGCCCAGUACCUUGCGGAGGCUGAUAUGUUUGAAGAAGCACAACAAGCCUACCAUAAAGCCGGCCUGGUGGAUGCUGCUGUGAAAGUUUUGGAGCAACUGGCUUUUAACGCUGUCAAGAAGAAUCGGUUCUGUGAUGCUGGAUUUUAUUUCUGGAAAUUGUCAUUCCAGUGCUUGGAUAUUGCUCGAGAUCAUCCUGAAAAACAAAGAGAAAUGCUGAACAAGUUUCACGACUACCAAAGAAAAGCUGAAAUGUAUUACAUAUACCACAACAUACAUGAAUAUGUGGAAGAACCAUUUACCUCUCAUAUGCCACUGACUAUGUUUAAUAUGGCUUGUUAUUUAUGGCAUCUCCUCCAGAAGGAAUCACCAUUGGGAAUAUCAAAAGUAUAUACACUGUACGUGCUUGCAAAACAGAGUCGCCAACUCCAGGCCUAUAAACUGGCUCGGUAUGCUUAUGAUAAGCUGCAAGAGAUGAGAAUCCCUGUACACCUGCAGGAGUCCAUUAGUUUAGGCAGUUUGAUGAUCAGAUCUAAAUCCUUCCAUGACAUGGAG